AUGCGCUCCAUCGCCGGCACACGACCAUUUUUUUCUUCAUUGAAGAAGUUGACGCCAAUCGCCAGGCAACCCCCGAGGUACUUCCGAUUUUAUUCACAGUCAAGGAUGGCGUCUAUCACAGUCCACAACUCUCUAAAGCCCGGUCCGCCGGUGCCCUUCGUACCCAAGACCGACGGCAAAAUCUCGUGGUAUGCUUGCGGGCCAACAACCUACGACCUCAGUCACUUGGGCCAUGCCCGAAACUAUCUAUCCAACGACAUCAUUCGCCGUAUAUUCCAGGACUACUUCGGCUACGAAGUCAACUUUGUGAUGAACUAUACUGAUGUCGACGACAAGAUCAUCAUCAAAGCCAGGAGACAGCGCUUGCUUGACUUGGAAAAGGAGAAGUCGUAUACCCCCGAGCAGCUCCGAGAACUCGUCUCCAAGGCCUUCCAAGCGUAUGCUCAAAGCAAUCUUCCCCUCUUGGUAACCCAGGGUCAACCAGAGUUGGAUGAGAACAACUACCAGGCGCGUAAAGAUGCCGCGUACGGUCAGGUUCUUGCAGGAGGGACCCUCAGUGGAGAGGGUAGGCCAGGGGACGCCGAGGCCAAGAUCAAGAUGCACCUGAACAACAUGGACUCGGCAGCCAAGUCCCUCCAGACUUCCUCUGGCUUUGACGGUGCUGAAGAUAUUCUGCUUCCCUAUCUCGAUUCUCUGUACAAAGAGACGAUCGACACCAGCGAUCAGACCAUCUUCACUGACCUCACUCAGAGGAUGGAAAAGGCCUUCAACGAUGACAUGGCAGCCUUGAAUGUUCUGGAGCCUACCGCCGUCACGAGGGUGACUGAGUAUGUGCCCCAGAUUGUGUCCUUUGUCGAGCAAAUCAUUCAGAAGGGGUUUGCAUAUGAGGCCGACGGCUCAGUCUACUUUGAUAUUGGUGCCUUUGAGAAGGCUGGGAAUACCUACGCAAGACUGCGCCCGGAGAGCAGAAACGACAAGGCCCUGCAGGAGGAAGGAGAGGGCUCUCUGUCCAAGAGUUCAGGCGGCCAGAAAAAACGCGACGCCGAUUUUGCACUGUGGAAGCGGAGCAAGCCCGGUGAGCCAUACUGGCCCAGCCCCUGGGGUCAGGGGAGACCUGGCUGGCACAUUGAAUGCUCCGUGAUGGCCUCUGAUAAGCUCGGCGACAACAUGGAUAUCCAUUCGGGUGGCAUUGAUCUUGCCUUCCCUCACCAUGACAACGAGCUGGCUCAGAGCGAGGCCUUUUUCCACCAGUGCGGCAAGGGCGAGCACACAUGGGUCAACUACUUUUUGCAUAUGGGUCACCUUUCAAUUGCCGGCAGCAAGAUGAGCAAAAGCUUGAAGAACUUUCAAACAAUCCAAGACGCGCUGGCUACCACAUACACAGCGCGAAACAUGCGCAUCGUCUUUUUGAUGGGCCGAUGGAACGAUGGUGUGGAGAUCUCGGGAGAUAUGCGCAAGCAGGCCGAUAACUGGGAGAAUACUGUCGACAACUUCUUCACCAAUAUCAAGGCCAAGCUUGCCGAGGUUGAUGCGCCAACCGAUGGUGUCAAGUACCUGUCUCUCACAGGCGCCGGAAACAGUCUCAUUGAGGACCUUGAGCAAGCGAAGAAGGACCUCGAUGCGGCACUUCGCAAUUCCUUCGACACUCCUGGUGCCAUGCAAGUGAUCCUGCGCCUGGUCCGCAACGCCAACAUCUACAUGAACGACAAGGCAAAGUCAUCCAAUCUUCAGCCUGUCGAGGCGGUGGCCCGCUGGGUGACAAAGAUCGUAGGUAUCUUUGGCCUGGACGCUACCGCAAAGCCACCUUACGAUGGCCUCGGCUGGGGGUCAUCUUCUGCUACCGCUGCGGCUGACGUCGACCCCCAAACAGCGAUCAAGCCCUACGCUGCUGCGUACGAGAAGGUUAAAGCCGAUGUUCAAUCGCUUCACCUCUCUGCCUCUUCGAUUCAAUCUGCUCUCGAGCACUCCCCAGACGCCGAGUUUGCCGAAGUAGAGAAGAGUGGCGAGAAGGACGUGGAGAAGCUGGCGUUGCCAUAUCUUCGUGCCACUUCCCGUCUCCGCGAUGAGCUACGGGCCGUCGUCCCAACCCUUGCUUCAGAGCCUCAAAUCAAGCAGGCUGUUCUCGCCCUCAGUGACCGUAUCCGCGACUAUGACUUGACCGACCUUGGCGUACAGCUCGAUGAUCAAACCGAUAAGCCGAGUCUCAUCAAGUUUGUGCCUGCUGCCAAACUUAUCGCUGCGAGAGAGGAGAAAGCGUCCCAGCUUGCUGAGAAGGCUAAGCAAAAGGAGGAGGCCCGGAAGGCUAGAGAGAAGGCCGAGGAGGAGAAGUGGGCCAAGGCCAAGGUGGCCCCGCAAGACAUGUUCAAGGACGACCCCAAAUAUACCGAGUGGGAUGCUGACGGUCUGCCGACAAAGCUGGCCGAGGGGGGUGAGCCAGUGCCCAAGAGCCAGGCCAAAAAGUUGAAGAAGGACUGGGACAGGCAGAAGAAACUGCACGAAGAGUAUCUUGCCAAGUUUGGAGGCAAGGCGUGA